AUGGUCGGAUUUAAAUUGUUACUUUGCAUGAUGAUCGCUCAUUCUUAUUAUCUAACUUUUGUUCAAACUCGUAUAGUUAUCACGGUUGAUUCAUCGAGCUCUGAAGAAUCUCGUCCAACGAACGACGAAGUUAUUCAUUGUGCGGAUCGGAUACGAAAUCAAGAUGAGUCUGAUAUUGAUUGUGGCGGUCUCGAGUGUCCAAGAUGUCAAGACUUAUUGCGUUGUAAGACAUGCUAUGAUUGUAUGAGUAAUCUAUGUCAAAACAACGUAUGUGUCGGUACACCGCGAAUAGAUACAACAACCACUACGAUCGUUACGACGACUCAAUCAACUACUCCUUCACCUAUAAGUACAACUACCACUAAGCCCAUCACUACACACACGCUACCAACGAUGUUGUUCACAAACACAACUUUAACAACUACGAGAGUAAUCUCAGAAACUUCAACGACCACCUCAAUCAUUCUAGAAUCGACUACAUCCACCAGAUUAACCAAUUCAGAACCGAGCACAACAACUGCUUCAAAUACUUUAGGACCUAGUACCACUACCACUUCUAGCACUCUGGAAUGGAUCACGUCCACCACUUCGGUCGCUCCAGAGUCGAGCACUACGACUGCUUCGAGUACUACAUCUACUUCCAACGCUGCAGAGAAUAGUACCACGACUACUUCAAUCGUACCAAUUACAAAUACAACUUUAAGAACGUUAGAGCCCACCUCGACAACUUCAACCUCAAUAUCAAUGUUACCGUCGGUAAAUACGACUUUAACAACGCUGAUUGUACCAUUGGAAACACCGUCGAGGAACUCGGGUGUAACCCAUUUUAGCGCGUCGCAUAGUUUCUCUAUUGCUCUAUGCAUAUACACGACAGUUUCCGUAUGUGUGCCUUGGUUUUUCGGUCUCGUAUGA